AUGAAUAGAUUAUUACUUAAGUUCAAAUUUACAGAAUGGCAAUCAACAUAUUAACAUUUUAAAAUUAAAAGAUUUUAUAAAGAAGCUAAAAUUGAAAGGACAUUUGGAGUUGGAAUGUUGAAUCAAAAUCAUUAAUGGAUAAUCAAAGUUUAUUAUUAUAUUAAAAACAUUAGUUAGAUGGAAAAAUAGUUUAAACUCAUUUUUAAAAUGAAUUGAUUUUGCCAACCUCUUAAUUAGCUUAAUCUAUAGCUGAUGAAUUCAAUUCAUAAAAGGAAUUCAUAUAAACUACUACUAUGCCAUUAUUGAUCUUAGCUAAAAAUGCUGUUGGUAUUGAAACUAAUCAAAGAAUAAGAUAAUUUAUGGAAUAUUCCAUUAUUAAUUAUUUAGAAAGAGAUACUGUCUUAUUUAGAGAAUAAUCUUAAUCACAACUCUAUUAAAUAUAAUAAAAUAAAUUAGAUCCUUAAUUAAAAUUAUUUAAUCAAUAAUUUGGAAUGCAUUUAUAGAUUAAUUAUGGUCUAGAAAUUAAACCUUUAAAAUAAUACGAUAAAAUCAAAAUUCAAAAUAUUCUUAAAAAACUAAACAGUUGGCAACUUGUGAGUCUAGACUCCUAAGUUGGUAUGCUUUCAAUUAUAAUCAGAAAAUCUAAAAUCAUGUAUUCUAGCUCUGUAAAUAUGGAACAAUCAUAUUACCAUUUAAUAAGCUGUUUAAUUAUCUAGAAUUGAAGAAGAUUAUUAAAUUUCUUAGAAUCAAAAAAUUGAAAAACAUCAUGAUGAUUUAGAUGAAAAUACUAUCAUUGCUAAAGUUAAUGCUGCUAAACUCCUUAUCUAACUUAUUUAAAUAUAAAGCAUUACUUAUUGA